UCUAUGGUUCUGAGCAUGGAAACUAUUCAAAAUAAACCUCUAAUCUGUGAUAUUUGUGCAACACUUCUAACCUGUAAUAUUUAUUGCAUAUUCAGCUUCUUUGGAAUUAUUACUAAUAUUUUAUUUUGAACUUUGAACAAUAUUAUGCAUGAUAGUAAAAAUGCCACAUACUAAGAAACCUUCAAAAGUAGAUAUUGAUCUACACAAAACAGAUGAAGAGAAAAAACAGGAGCGAAAAAGAAAAACUACUAUGUACUUAGAAAAGAAAACACCAUGCUAUAUCAGUCCAAUGAAUAAUAGCUAUUUCUCUGCCGCAUAUAUCGAGCACCUCGGCAGGUCGCGGAACGAUACACUAAGUAGAUGUAAAAUCACAACUGAAAUUCCACUACUACCCGCUACUCUGUUUUCUUAUAUAAUUGUUUGUUAACUGUAAAAGAUAUACUGAUUCACAUUUGGCUUGUACUUUCAGGAAACCAGCACAGCAACCGAACGAAGUUGAAAAUCAAUAAUAGUGAAGAACAGGUUCCAUUGCAUUGGUCCAGUGACAAUGCAGGUACAGGGACAGAUCACUCCACUCUCAGAGCUGCGUCCAAUAAAUGCUUUGUAUAAUAUUCAUGUCAGAGUAUCAAGAACCUGGGAAUACAGAGGCAAGAGUGAACAAAAUGAUCUUAUCCAAUUCGAUAUGGUGCUCAUUGACCAAAAGGGUUAUGCAAUGUACUGUGAGGUACCAAAAGACAUACUCGCCCAAUUUAAGGAGCACCUACAGGAAGGAAAAAUUCUUUAUAUCUCCAAGCCAAUUGUUGAAAAAGCUAAGCCUGGCUACAGAGUGGUAGAUGCCCCUUACAUGCUAAAGUUCAGCAAGCGAACACAAAUCUUUGAAGCCAAUGAUGACCCGGCUUUUCCCAAGUAUGUGUUUUCGUUGACUCCAAUUGAACAGCUACCACAAUAUGCCAGAAGGACAGAUCGUUUCCUAGAUGUGCUUGGGAAAAUUACAGCUGUCUCAAACGCAGCCAUUGUGCGCAACACAUCAGGAGAUCUCAUGAUGCGUAGAAUCAUAAAACUCCAGGAUCAUAAGGGGACCACAAUUGACUUAUCAUUGUCGGGACAAAGGGCUCUCGAAUUCAAUGCAGAGGCUGUAUUUGAUGUUGGUCAGAACCAUCACGUAAUUGCAAUCUUUGUGGGCACUCUAAUGAAAGUGUAUAAAGAAAACUUCAAAUUUCUCAGUGGAACAUCACCUUGUCGUUGGUAUAUAAAUGAGAAUGAAAUACCAGCAAUAAAGACAUUUCAGAGAGGCUUGCCCUAUGGAGUGACUCCAAUUCAAAAGCUAGAACUCCAGAGUGAAGACUACAUGGAACAAGGCGUCGAAGAAAAAACUUUGUUCGAUCUCAAAGAAGUUGAUCCUUAUACAGAAAAGGACAAGAGAUUCCAGUGCACAGUUACACUGCUUUCUCUAGCAGACAAGCAACAGUGGUGCUACAGAGCUUGUAGAGUUUGCAAUUCAAGAAUGAUAGCAGGUCAUGAUGGGUAUGAAUGUACAAAGGCAACUGGUUGCUCCUGCAAACAAUUUGACUGGAAGUACAAGAUCUGUUUCAUAGGAGCAGACGACACCUAUAGACUUGAGUUUAUGUUCUUUGAGAAAAAAGGCUUAGAACUCAUUGGAAAAAGUGCAGAAAAUCUAAGGAAACAGUACGAUCCAACUUCCACCCCACCUGACAUAGCGCAAUGGAUAAAUCAUAAAUUCACCUUCAUAGUAAAAGUCCUAUACAAAAAAAGCGCCAGGAGUUUGGAUCCUUCCUUUGAGGUUAUUAUGAUCAAAGAAAGACAUGGAAAGCAAGAAACACUACCAAGCAUUGCUAACAUUGGAUCUGUGUCAUCAAACAUGGAUACAUCAGAUCUGCCACCACUGGUGACAAUAACAGCAUCCAAAAAGAUAGAUCAGGCUUCAUUCUCAGCAACUCCUCCCUUCAUAGAUGUCAAGGCUAUGUACAUAGACGAUCAAUCUGACGCUUGGGACAAGAGCCAUUAUUACCACCAGGGCAAUCGAGAUGAUGAGCACGAUGAAAAACAGGCUGCCAAAAGGCAAAAAAUUACCUAACCGUUAAUGGUAAAUUGCAGCAAUAAUAAUCUUCUAUUUCCCUUUAAUUGUAUGUGCAUUAAUUACUUUUUCCAUAUGACUCAGAUAUCAGAAGGAGUGAAGGGGAUGAAAACACAUUUUGAUGUAUAGGAAACAAAACAAUCAGCCUCAGAAGAUUUUGCUUACUCCUAUCCAGUUAGCUUUAGUGAACUCCAAAUGGAAAGAACACUGGAGAAUGAUAUUUUGCUCUCCACAAGCUGAUAAUAUGACUUUUGUAUUUUGCUACUGUAGUGCACACAUCUUUGGUAGCACCAUGCUGUUCGUGCAAUGGCAAACACUAAUCUUUUGGCCCCUAUGUAAAGGCAGUUCCUUUAUAAAACCAUGUAACAUCUACAAUUAUGGUGGUUCAAUGCAAGUAUGCUGCUCGCUCAUCAA